AUGGAGGAGUGGCGCGAACGAGAGGAAAAGGAACGGAAAGCCAGAGAGGCUAGGGAAGCAGAAGAAGCGAGAAAAAGGCGUGAGGCCGAACGUGCAGCGGCUGCUGCAGAGGAGGAGCGAAAGAAGAAUGCCAGAAGCAAGUCAAAGUCUUCCAGAUCUUCAAGUUCUCGUUCACAUCGAUCCAGAUCGCGCCGACGCCGGAGAUCCUCGUCUUCGUCAUCGAGGUCGAGUUCUAAGACUCGGAGAAAGAGUGGCUGGGAUGUCGCUGAUACCAGCCUUAUUGCAACAGCAAUGGGGGUCCCGACUUCAGAGACCAUGCAGACCCAAGCGGAGAACAAGCCACUCAUUGUACCUCCUCCCCCACCACCUGUUGCACGACCGGCCGGCGAUGCCAGUCCAUUGGCUCUGUCAGCGCAAGGCUCUCCGACACCGCUGCCCCAAUUUUCACACCCACCAGCCCCGCCAGCCCCGCCAGCUCCACCGCCCCCUCCAGCACCCGUGCAUGUAAACGGAGCUGUGCUGAAUGCGCCUCUGCAUGGCCAGAUGUGGGAGAAGUUGCCAGUCAGUCAGCAAGGUCCUGGGCACAUGGCGCAUUCGGUCAUGCCAUUUCCAGGUGCAGCCGUUCUGGCGCCCCAGCAGUGGCACCCAAACAUGCAAUGGCAACCCCCGAUGCCUCCGUUCUGCCAAAACCAGACCGGUUCGUGGCCAAGCCAGGCCGCGGCCGCGCCGAUGUGGCAGGAUUCUCUUCAAGGAGGAUGGCCGCAACAAGGUGAAGCCCAAGGUUGCCCCCAAUACCCUGCCGGCCCUGCCGGCCCUGCCCAAGUCUUCCCCCAGAUUCACCAAGUGCCACAAAAUGUCCAGUCCUGGGCGCCCCCGGCCGAUCGCUCGAACGAGGAGCGAUUUAUUGGGAGGGUGAAAAGAUUCCAGGAUGGCCCGGCAGGCGGCUAUGGCUUCAUUGAUUGCGACGAAACCAAGCUGCGCUUCACCAGAGACAUUUACAUACACCGGAAUCAGAUGAUCGGGCUGCAGAUUGGCGAUGAAGUAAGCUUCACCAUCUCGUUGAACAACAAAGGCGAACCCCAAGCUAGGAAUGUGAUGAAGCGAGAAGAUGCGCUUCUGCUUCGGGCUGGUGCUGUCCAUGGCAUGGUCCCAGAAGGGCCUGCUGGGCCUUCCGCACCCAACUUGAUGGACGAACAUCAGGCAAGGCAGUUCCAAGCAUCGUUGCGUGGUAACGUCGGUUGA